CUUAUGCCUUUGCAACUAACUCUAUUAUUGUCGCUUGUUAGAUCUCUGGUGGGGUAGGUUGUUCUCUCAUAACUGGUGCUUGGUUAUUGAUAGCAUCUUGGUUAUUCGAUCUUCAUCUCUCUUCCCGCAAAACCCUUCUUCCUCGUCUCCAGGAAACCCCUCUUCUCCUUCUCCCUUCACAUAAUCCCCGCCAUUAAAAUGUCAACUUUCACCAACAAUCCUUCCGAGCUUUCCCCUUCAACUACCCUCCAAAACUACCCUAAACCCUUAUCCCCACCUCUUCCUGCCAUCUCCAAGGAGAUAGAGCUCGCCAGAGCUAUGUCCGCCUCUUCAAGAUCCAGCCUUUUCUCCUUGUCAGCGUUUGAAGUCUUGUUUGAAGAUCAAUGGCUGAUGGCCGUCAAUAAACCUCAAGGAAUUUACUACGAGGUCGUGUUGACAUCCGUCCCAGUCCUUCUCCUUUCCUGCUCAAAAACCGCCCCAAUUGAUAAUACAAAGGGAUCGCCGGGGCUCCACUUGCCAAAUCGUCUCGAUCGGGACACGAGCGGAGUGAUGAUCAUCACCAAGUCGCACAAGGUAGCCGCUAAGCUAUUCAAGGCAUUUACUGAUCACAAGGUGACGAAGACUUACAUUGCUUCAUGCGUUUGUCCAUCUCCAGAUUGGAAAAGGAUUACAGUUAAAUCAGGCCACGGUCGGUCCAAAUUUGGGGCGUGGCGUGUCUAUGCAGCAUCAGAUGCGGGGCGAAUCUUGCCAGGUGGGUCUUCGGUUAGGGAAAUGGAGACUUCAUUUGAGGUGUUGUCUAUUAAUGGGAAGAGAAGAAGCUUAGGAGAAUCAUUAGAGGAAGUAUGUGGGGAAACUAUAGUUGUUAAGGAGAAAUCGGUGAAAUGUGCUAAUAAUGGUGGUGGUGGUGGUGGUGAAAUGCAGGAUGCGGUUUUGAUUAGGGUGUUUCCUAGGAGUGGAAGGACUCAUCAAAUUUGCUUGCAUUGCCAGUUUAUCGGGUUGUCGAUAAAGGGUGAUGUGAAGUAUGAAGGAGUUCAUGAGUGGGAUGGGGAAGUAUGUAGUGGCCAUGAAUUACAUGCAGAGAGCCUGUCUUUUGACCAUCCUAUAAUUGGUCUUCCCAUGAAGGUUCAUGCGCCUCUGCCUUCAUGGGCGACUCAUUUAUUGCCUGAAUCAUAGGAUUAGUUGCAAUGGACAACUGGCUUGGGGGUGUUAGAUGCAUAUGUUGCUCAAUCUUCAAGACAUGGGAGCUGGUAAUGUUGAAAUCUUCAAGGAAACAGGAGAAUGGUUCAUUUUGUUUCUCGUUGAGAAAGCCAUAGCCUUUUGGCUUCAGGCGGGAGUUUGCUUUAUUAUGAUGAGAGCUUGUCUUUUGAGCAUCUUGUUACUAGUCUUCCCAUGAAACUUCAUGCGGCUUUGCCUUCAUACUGUUGCCUGAAUAGUUCUAUGUGGCCUUCUGAAGUUCAGCGGGAUGCACAAAUGGGCUAUCGGUGGUUGAUGCUUAUCGGUUAACUACAUAUGUGCUUGUAAAGUUGGAAUCUUGAAGGAAUUAGCACGACUGUUCAUGUUGUGGCUUGUUGAGGAAGCCAUAGCCUUUUGGCUUCACCCUGGAGUUAGGUUAACUAAUAAUAUAACUCUGGCGAAUUC